AUGUUGUUUUAAAUACGUCAGAGACCUAUAACAAAGAUCUUGAAGUUCAAAAUAGCCAAAUUUCGUUAACACCGGCAUUGCCUUAUAUGGAUGAUCUUUUAACACCAGUGAAUGGCUGUAACAAGCGGACUGCCGAUGAUUUAUUCGGAGAUAUUGGUGAUAUAGACUUUGAUGAUCUGCAAUUGCCAAGUAAAAAACAAAAGACUGAAGAAGAAAAUGACUUGGAGUUGAUAAAUAGAAUAAUUGAAGGCAGAAGGCUGAAACAAAUGCUUCUUGAACCAACAAAACGGUUACAAAGUCGGUCUGAACCUGUCUAUGAUGCUAAGGAGAAUCUUUCACUGAAUAUUCCAAGAUGGCCUUUUAUGCCUCUUACAAAUUCAGACGGUGACCGUUUCUAUGUGAGACUGCAAUCUGAAGACGCAUGGGAGCAGUCUCUUGACACUGAUCUCAACCAAUCUUCAUUACAUUCUUCCUUUGCUAAAACUUGGGAGGAGGCUCGGAAAAUUCUCGAGGCAAAACAAUCGCAACAAAUAGAAAAGUCUCAAGAAGCUCUCCCGAACAUGGACAGCGACAUUGGCACCAGCCUUUGGGUCGAUAAGUACCGCCCAGAAUCAUACGUGGACUUGUUAUCUGAAGAACCUGUGAACAGGACUUUACUGCAUUGGUUGCAUCUUUGGGAUAAGAUAGUGUUUAAAAAGGAUGUGAAGACCAAAGAGCCACAGCAGCGUAACAGCUUCAGCAAGCGAACUGGCCAGUUCCAACUGACCAACAAGUGGCGGGGCAAGAAAGAAAACGAGCCAGAGAUUGACCCGGAUGGACGGCCACAUCACAAGGUAGCGCUGCUGUGUGGCCCACCAGGUGUGGGAAAAACUACACUCGCUCAUCUCUUGGCUAGAUUAGCCGGUUACAGACCUGUAGAGUUGAACGCUUCGGAUGAACGGAGCACUGAAGCUUUUCAAACGGCUUUACAAAGCGCUACGCUCAUGAGGUCUGUCCUGGACGCUGAAAAGAGGCCAAAUUGUUUGAUACUAGAUGAAAUUGAUGGAGCGCCUCUCCCCACAGUGGAGCUCCUUGUGAAGUGGUGCACAGCCAGUGCGCAAGAGGGCGGCGUGAAGAAAAAAGCUAAAACCCAGCCUUUGAAGAGACCUGUCAUCGCAAUUUGUAAUGAUCUGUAUGCGACUUCGCUACGACCUUUGAGGCCGGUGGCGCUGGUGGUGCAGGUGGGCGGCGUGUCGCUGCCGCGGCUGGCGGCGCGGCUGGCGCGCGUGGCGGAGCGCGAGGGGCUGCGCGCCAGCGCGCCCGUGCUGGCCGCGCUGGCGGCGCGCGCGCACGGCGACGUCCGCGCCGCCAUCCAGGUGCUCAGCUUCAUCAAGGCCCGGGCCAAGGACCAGUUAAACAUGGAAGAUGUUGAGAACGCGGCAGUUGGCAUUAAGGACUGUCAGAAGAGUGUGAUGCAAGCUCUGCAAGCCGUGUUCACCGUUAACGACAAAGACCCGGACGGUAUCAUCAAAAUUGUUCAGGCUGCGGGGGAGUAUGAAAGAUUGAUAGAAGGCAUAUUCGAGAACUACCUCAACUCCCGCGUGGAUGCGCGCCUUCUCAUCGCCAGCGAAACACUCUCUUGGCUACGACUCUUCGAUAUCAUUAACUCCUGGAUUAGGACAACGCAGAACUAUUCACUAUAUGGAAUGCUACCUUUAUGUGUGACCAGGUGUCAUAGGAUAUUGGCAUCUAGAGCUCCACAGAGGAUUAAGUUUCCCACUCAGGCGCAAGAGAUGUCUCGCAAGAAAGCUGAAUUGGACAGCAUCGUAUGGGCAGUAUGGCGGGGAAGUACGGCCGCGGUUGCUACUACCAGAUCGUGUCUUCAUCUCGAUGUAUUACCGCUCCUGCCAUAUUUACUCUCGCCUGUACUGCGUUCGGCUAAUAUACAGCUGUGCAGUGAAAGCGAGCGCAAAGCGUUACGAGUAUGCGUGGGAGCAAUGUGCGAUUAUGGAUUGCAAUACGUACAGCAACGCACACCGGAGGGAUUGUAUGCCUUUGUAUUAGAGCCUGAUAUUUACAAGGUUGCUUUCUUUGGUAACCUAGAACGCAGUCGCCCAGCGCCUGCAGUACGACAAUCAAUGGCGCAGGAACAACAACUUGAAAUGAUUCGCCGAGCCGAAGAAAUGGCUGGCAGAGUGACGAGUAAAAGCAUCGCUAAAGAAAACACGAAGACCAAGGCCGGACUGAGCGCCGAAUUUACGGCAUCGAAGGAAGCUAGGUUGCCUAAUCACCUGCAACGACUGAAACCAAAAGAAAUCGUUAAAGCGCCCCAGGUCCACAAAGACUUCUUUGGUCGCAUCGUUCCUCUGUCUCAAGUACAGCGUCAAGACGCAGCACCCGAUGUAAUAUCUUCAAGCGUCGUGUUCUACCAAUACCGGGAAGGAUUUAACAACGCCGUGCGCCGGAACGUACGGACUAAAGAUAUGUUAUAGUUUCAAUUGUAAUUUAUGGGUAACGUUUUUUAUUUUAUAAUUGUCCAAGUCGUUAUAAUCCCGAUGGCCAGCGAACGCGACAUGAGGAGGUGCGGGGCUCGGU